CUUCCGGGGGCGCGCGCGCCGGUGCGGGUGCGUGCGUGAGCGUGCGUGGACGUGCGCGCCCCCGCCGCCUGUGCCGGUGCUGCUCCCGCGCCCUCUGCCGCCGCUGCCCCUGCCGCCGCCGCCGCCGCCGCCGCCGCCGCCUCCUCCCCCACCCUCGACCCCGGGGGUUCCCGAGACGCAGCCCCGGCUGAGGAGGAGCGCGUCGGCCGGCUGCCCAGCAGCGCCGCGGAGCUGAGGAGCGGAACGGCGGGCGGGCGGGCGGGCGGACAGAUUGGCCUACCAUGGCAGACCAGAGACAGCGCUCACUCUCUACCUCUGGGGAAUCACUCUACCAUGUUUUGGGGCUGGACAAGAAUGCAACCUCAGAUGACAUUAAAAAGUCCUAUCGAAAACUUGCCUUGAAAUACCACCCUGACAAGAACCCCGAUAACCCGGAGGCGGCAGACAAGUUCAAGGAGAUCAACAACGCCCACGCCAUCCUGACGGACGCCACAAAAAGAAACAUCUACGACAAGUACGGGUCGCUGGGGCUCUACGUGGCCGAGCAGUUUGGAGAGGAGAACGUGAACACCUACUUUGUGCUGUCCAGCUGGUGGGCCAAGGCGCUGUUUGUCGUGUGCGGCCUCCUCACCUGCUGCUACUGCUGCUGCUGCCUCUGCUGCUGCUUCAACUGCUGCUGUGGGAGGUGCAAGCCCAGGGCGCCCGCGGGCGAGGACGCCGGCUUCUACGUGUCCCCCGAGGACCUGGAGGCACAGCUGCAGUCGGACGAGCGGGAGGCCGCAGACACGCCGAUUGUCAUACAGCCAGCGUCCGCCACAGAGACCACCCAGCUCACGGCCGACUCCCACCCCAGCUACCACACCGACGGGUUCAACUAAGUUCCGGAGCCGCUGUGAUAGAGGAUAGCCCAGCACCCGGCCACUUCACCCUUAGAAUCAUGAACUGUAGCCGCAGAGAUGGGGAGGGGGCUGCCCUGGCCACGGAGGAGGAGCAGCCGCCAGCCCGCCGGGGCCCUUCCCACCUCUGUGCCCGCCCGCCCGUCGCCCCCCAACACGUGAAGUGCGUCGCAUGCAGUAUUUAAAGCAGUAGCCACGGUCCCCUCUUCUGUUCUCUCCUUUUUUAAUAGCAUGUCUGGGGCCACGUUCCGUGUGUGUCUGUGUUGUGGGCGCGCCGCGGUGUGGCCGCGUGAACCAGACGCCGAAGCAGUCUCGGGGCUCACGAGUGGCCGCACCGGCCGUGGCUGCUGCGUAGGGUCUCCCAGCCAGGCAGGCCGGGGCCGGAAGGGUGGCUCCUUCCCCUGUGUUGGUGGCGGCCAGAGGCGGGUUCUGGCCGGCGGCAGCUGUGAGGUCCAGUCCCCUGUCCUGUGCUCGCCAGCCAGCCGUGUGGUCACAGCCAGAGCCUCUGGACGCGUUCGUUGCCUGGGAGGAGCUGGGCACGUCCUCCCUCCGCCCAGCGCUGGUGGCCUUUUCGUGCUGUGGGUUUGUGCGGGGCCGUUUGCCUUGGUGGCUUGGCCUCGUGGCUGGGUUUUCCUUUGGGUGAGUUUGUCGUGGAACGUGUCGCGGGCUCUGCCGACCCCAAGAUCGCGUUUUCUGCCCGGGUGCGGCCCGGGUCUCCGUGGCACGGGGUCCCUGGCCAGGCUGCGGGACGCGGUUCUUCCGCACUCCCACUCUUGUGCCCCGGCCACAUUCCAGCCACCUGCCCUCCCCUCGGGUCACCCUCCACAUUCCUUCAGGCCCGCCCGGGCCUCCUGGUGGGCCUUUCUGGACCUGGAAGAACCACAAGUGGUGAUGGCGAGCCAGUUUGUUGUCAGAGGGGCUGACCGUCCAGGCCCAGGCUGCUGGCGGAGCAGGGCCGAGCGGCUCUGGGAGGCACAGUGGUGAGCACAGCCCUCUUCUCUGUGCUUCCCAGAGCUCCUACCCUCCUUCCUUCGCCCGUUCCCUUCGGCCGCCGUUGACGGUUCAGGCGGCGCUAGAGACGUCAGGUUCCCAGAGGAGGCAGCACCUGGGCCGAAGGUGCACCUGGUGCCCUUGGCCGGUGAGCCAGCAGCCGGACUGUGGGAUCCUCCUCUCAACCGCUGUGUUGAGCAGCACCUUUUGUGGAGCUGGAAGUCAGUCUUGUCUGUGCCCCAGAACUCGUGGGUGACGCCCCUGCCGCGGGGCCUGAGGAGACGUGGGUUAUGAUGUGCCCGUGCCGGCCCAGAGUUGAGAGUUGCCCCACACCCCCAGCAGCACCAGAUGUGCUGUGGCUCCCUGCUGGGCCUGCACUGGCCGGUGGAGACCCACGGGGCCCACGUGGGCUUGGCUGCCGCGGAAGGCGUCCUGGAUUUGCAGAUGAAGGACGAGGACGACGCCGGCUCAGACGUACCAGGUCGUGCUCCUGCCGCCUGCCGCCUCCACCCCCCCCCCCCUCCCGCCCGCCCGCGCGGCCCUCGCUUGUCUGCCACCCAGGGCCUUGAGGAGAGCAGGUUCUUGUUGUUGGCCAGGAAGUGGCUGGAGGGAUAGCAGUGUGAGGACAGAAUGCGGACGCGCUCGGAGAGCAGCCGUGUGAGGGCGGAGCCAGUACCAGGCCCCUGGGCAGGUGUUUGAUCCCAUUUUGUUGUUUUUUGUCCAUUAAAAUGAUUGUGAAGACGUCCAACGAGAGAGCAAGUAUGCACUGUGAUUUUAAAUUAGAAAUAAUUCGCUAAAAUCUGACCUCGGGAAAAGGCUAAGAAAGUCAUUGCCGGCUCUGGGACCAGGGAGGAGGUGAGACCACAGAGCUGUUCUCUGCCAGUCCCAACACGGCAGCGAAAUGGAGCCUGAGAGGCAGGCUGUGGUCGGCCUUUGUGACGUUCUGGAAAUACCUUUGGGAGCUGUUUUUUCCCCAGAAUGGCCAAGAACUAACUUCAAAGCCUGGACUUAAGGUAGAAAGCCUCCCCCUCUGCUGCUGGGACCUGCAGGGGACCAUGCACCUCUGUGCUCAAAAAACCCCGGGGCCACCGCAUGCAUCUGGGGAGCCCCUCGCCAAGUGUCCUCCAGCCACAGGACGGGACGCUGUCCUGGGGGCCACGGUGGGUGGGUGUUGCAAGAGGGGCCGGGCAGGAAGUUUGUCCGACCAGUCCUUUGAAGAAUGUGUGUAGUCGAAGUGAAUCGUGGCAGUGAGGACGGUGACGAUUGCCCAGGGGCCUGGAGUUCUCCCCGCCUGGCCCUGACUUGGCGAUUCUGAAUGAGAGCCCCCCGGCUGUGCUCACUGUCAGCCCUGGGCGUGUUCCCUUUUUCUGGAGUGUUCUGUGUGUUUCCCUGCUGUGCACUUGCUGAGUCUGGAGGGGCACCCUGUUCACUGGCCACAUGGGGGCGACUGCCUGCCUGCUGCGCAGCUGUGAGAGCUCCUGGCUCUAGGACACCCCCACCCCACCCCCGCUUCCCUUCCCGUGGGCCCCCCAUCCCCCUCUCCCCUCCCUCUCCCUCUCCCUCUCCUCCCUCCCUACAACCCCUGUGCCUUCCCCCCCACCGCCUGCUUCCCCCCCUCCACUUACCUCCCCGGCUUCCCUCCCCCACACACCCACCCGCCUCGAGCCAAGGCCAUGUGUGGCCAGAGAGCGCCUGGCCAGUGUGGGCUGGAGCUCGUCCUGUUCCACAAAGCGCAGGGCUUGCCCAGAUGCCCUCAGGGGCCUGGCAGCAGCGACCGCUUCAGGAUGGCAGGAAACACGCAGGAGACUCGCGGGGCGUCUGAUGGUGGCUGCUGGUGUUUGCGUUCUGUUCCUGCCCCGUGAUGUGGUCUUCUUUCCUUUCUCUUGUCUUCCUUUGGCUUUGUUCUGUUUUCAAACUGCUUUAGAUAGGACCGCUCGGCGUGUGAGCUUUCCUAGUUCCCUGGUCAGUCAGCGCGGUUUGGCACCCAUGGGGACCCACUGGAGAAGAAGCCAGAGUGUGCUGAGGUUAGAGCAGGUGGCGUUUCCACACCCUUGACCACCAGGCGUGGCCACGAGGCUCCUGCUCCAGGAAAGGCCUGUUCCCACGAGUUCUGACGGCAGGGGGCCCGUCGGGUGAGCUCCUGCUGGAGGAGUGCCCGCUGGCCGUCUGGGAGACGCUGGUGGGGUGGGCGCCUGCCCGCGGGCUCCCACCGCGGGGGGGGGGGGGGGGCCUGCCCGGCCUCCCCCGGCUCUCGGCAGAUCCCACCAGAGGGACGGACGUGAGGGUGUGGGAGGAGCGACCUCAUUCCUUUUUCAACACGCUGAUCUGUGAGCCCGUGUGACACAGGACCGCCCUGUUUUUGUUACUUUGGUUGUGAACCCUCCUGUGGAAUUGGCGAAAGCUACGUUUUUACUGUCCUUACGAGCACGGUUGGCGUUGUCUGUGCUGUAGGUGUGGGCAGUGGGUGUGUGUGUGUGUGUGUGUGUGUACAUAUGUGAAUAUGUAUAUAUCCCGCGGCAGGCGUGACUGCUGCUGUCCAGCGGCAACAAGUACAAUAAAAGCUGGCCCCAAAACGGCCUUGGGUUUCCUGGUGAGUUGGGUCAAGAGCAGGGUCUUGGAGGCAGGUAGGCUCCUUCGCCGGGUGCGCAGAAGUGAACACCGACCCACUUGUGUCCCUAGGGUUUGUGUGAACGGCCAGGUAGGGUGCCAGGGCUACCGUGGUGGACCGUCCCCCAGUGCCACCCCCGUCUCUGGGGGCCCACCCUUCGUGCUCACCUGACACUCCAGCGAGUGACCCUUUGGGACCUCCAGGUGGCUGGAAAUCUUCCCUCCCUCGAAACAUUAAAACCAGUUUUCUAAGCAUAGGAUACAGCCCGUGACAAAUGCAUUCUAGAGGGGAUGCUGUCUCCUGCCCACAGGUCUGCUUUGGGAGGGGUCCACUGGGAAGGAGCAGGGGCCACACGGGGCCACCCUCCAGGAAGGGGCUGGGCUCAGGGUCCACAGGCAGUACCUUUCGCAGAUUUUGUUUCCCUAGGAAAUGGGACAAUGUUUCAAGCUAAGAGAGGGAAGGCAGUUCGCUCUGGAAUAGACACGUGUAUAUAUACAUUGUUUUUAAAUACUAAAUACAAACGCAUGGAAACAGCCGUCCAUGCGCCGGUUUUGUCCUGUUGCUGGAACCCACAGAGGUGGGCAGGUGCCCCUGACCCCGGCUCCCACGUGCACCCUUGAGGGCCAGGCUGGAGGGUUAGGAUGGGUCCCGUGAUGAUCUCCAUUUCGUAUGUCUGAAUGUUGACCUUAAAAUAAAGAUAACUGUUGUAAAAUAAAUGUUUUCACCGCAAA